CGUCUCCAGCAGGAAGAGCUCCACUCCCCCGCCCCUCAGGAGGAGCCGUUCGGGGAUAAACGCGGACUCCUCCGGAGCGGGUCCCACCCAGCGCCAGCACCUGACGCUGUCUGUUAAAUGCUGAUAGAGUCACCUCGGCGUCAGUCGGCAGAGAAGAGCAACCGCUGGCGAUGUUUCGGGUCCGAGGAGCCCGAGUCCACCUCGACCAGCGCGCGGCAGCCAUGGGGGCGUGUCCACGCCGCGGAGCCUGGCUCCGCUCCGUGGGGCUCCUUGGGGCGCUGGCGCUGCUCGCCCUGCCGCGGGCCAGCGGUGAUUGUAGUGCUGCUACUCUGCCAGUAAUUCUUCAUGCUCAUCCAGAAGAAUAUGAUGCUGAUAAAACCUUUGUUCCUGGAUACUCUGUAGUUUACAAAUGUGAUACUGGUUAUGUUAAACUACCCGGAAAAACAGACAUAAUUUAUUGCCAGGGUGUGGAAUGGUCAAAAAUGUCACAAUUUUGUGAUCGUAGCUGUGGUACCCCAAAUCGUUACACUUCUAUGCAGCUGAAUGCCACAUUCAUAAAUAAAAAUUACUUUCCUAUUAACAGCACUGUGGCUUAUUUAUGUCGGCCAGGAUAUACUCUCAGUAAAUUUGGGCCUCUUAUCAGUACUUGUCAAGAUGAUGCAACAUGGUCACCUGUCUCAGAGUCUUGUAAAAGAAAAUCAUGCCCACGUCCAGAAGAUUUAGAACAUGGUCAAGUUCAUAUAGCAACUGAUAUCUUGUUUGGUUCACGGAUUGUAUAUUCUUGUGAUGAAGGCUACACUUUAAUAGGUGAUGAUACUAGAAACUGUGAGGUUAAUGGAAACCAAGUUCUGUGGAGUGGUAGUGUUCCAUAUUGCAAAAUUAAUAAUUGUGUACCACCUCCAAAUAUCCAAGAUGGGAAGCACAGUGGUGUCAACAAGGAUAUCUUUACCUAUGGUGAGGCAGUGACUUACCGCUGCGAUUCAAGAGGUCGAAAUCAACUUUCGCUUAUUGGAGAGGCCACCAUUUUUUGUGAUAAAGAUGGAGAAUGGAAUAAGCCGCCUCCUGAAUGUAAAGAAGUCAGAUGUAAAACUCCAAAAGUUGACAAUGCAAUCCAGAUAACAGGAUUUGGAUCCUUUCAUACUUACAAGGACACAAUUGAUUUUGAAUGUAAAGAUGGUUAUGUCUUUAAAAGUAACAGCAGAAUUACCUGUGAAGCUGAUAAUAAUUGGAGCCCUGCACUUCCAGUUUGUCAUGCAGUUCUAGAACCUCCCAGUAAAGAACCGCCUGUCUCAAGUCAUCCAGGAUUACGUAAUACUUCCCAACCAGAACCACCUGUCUCAAGUCAACCAGGGCCUCCGCUUCCUCCUAAUAAAGAACCACAAGGACUAAGUGUCGGUAUCAUUAUCGUGAUAGUUCUUAUUGCAGGUAUUGUGCUUGCAAUAAUCGGCUUUAUCCUUUAUCGUCAGUACAUGCAAAAAGGGAAAAAUACGAUCCCUGUUAGUGCUGAUUACAAAGCUUGCCUGGAACAAGGGAACCGUUCUGAGGAAAGCAAGUGUAUGGUUUCAGUAAAUUAAUGUAACCACCAAUCUGGCCUAUAUUUUAGUUUUAAUAAUAAGUAUUUUUCUUGUUACUUUCAAUGUAGCUCCUUUGCCAGCUGAAAACAAAGCUGUUAAGAUAAGGCUUAUUAGUCAUCCUUACGUACACCCUUACACCUGUAUGGUGCUUAAAAUGUAAAUGAAGAUAAUACGUACACCCUUACACCUGUAUGGUGCUUAAAAUGUAAAUGAAGAUAAUACACACAUUGUGGAUCUGCCCAGGUCAUCACUGCAUUUUGUGUAGGCUGUCAGAAGGAUGAUGGCAAAAUACUAUUUUAAGAAAAAAAGUUUUGCAAAUGCACUUAUAGGAAUAAGAAACAUGCAAUAUUUUCACUGAGUAGUUUAAGAAAUUAAGUGACUGAAAACGAGGGAGGUUGCUUACGAUCAACUUCAUGGAUCACUAAAGAAAAGUUUUGUAAGGAACGUUCUUGUCAAACAGUGGUACUUUAUCCUAUUUAUAACCAUUUCUUUUGGUAACCAAUAUACUAAUUCAGGACAAAGUUGAGAAACCAGCUUGUGCAUAUGGCUGUGAAGGUGACAUUUAUUUUCACCAGUCAAUGGGAAAUGGUUUUAAUUUAAGCAAAAUACAAAAAAAAAAAAAAAAAGCUAUUUCUGUGAAAGUAAGUAAGGGACAUUAGUCUCCAGCCAAGAAUUUCAGCACAAUGUACACAAUGAAUAAUACUUGGGGCCUUACCAUCUUUUUCACAGAGAAUUCUAGAGUCAUGGGGGUGGAAAUGUACUAAGGUUUAGAUCUGGCUUAUUUCAAAUAGGGCUGGUGUUUUGUGGUCUGAAUGUACCCAUGUUUAAAGCCUAUUAAAGCCUGAGAGGCAGUAUAGAAGGGAGUACAGCAUGACACAUACUUAGCUGUGUGAUCUUGGGCAGAACCCCUAACUAACCUGGUCUUGCUCUAGGCCAGUGUUGUCACACUUAUAUAGAAACUUAGGAAACCACAAAUUAAUAUCCAUGUUGUUUUAUAGUUUUCUUCUUAAUUUUAGUCUGGUUUGGACAACGCAAAGGAGCUUUUUAGGCAGCCCUCAGGCCUGAGUGCAACAUUUCUGCUCUAGGCUGUUCUCUAAAAUGCAGUCUAUAAGCAAAAUGUUACCAGUACGUAUCCAUAAGGGGAAAAUUUCCACACCAGGAGUUCCCGGCACUUCAGACUCCCCCACCAUGUAGCUAGUUUUUAACAUCAGGGAAUAAGCUCAAACAAGGACUAAAAGCCUUAGAAUAUACUCUCUAGGGGCAUACCCUCAUCCAUGAUGCCAUCUUGCCCCUCAGUGCUUUUUUUUUUUUUUAAAAAAAGACAAAGUCUUCUUUCAGGACUUAAGCUGGGCCAGGAGAAUGAAAAAUAUAGUUUGUACAUUUUCUAAAGGUAUCUGGAGGAGGGAGGCUGUGAACUUCAGAAAAUUAUAUAGAUCCUUUAUCACCUGCCUUACUCUUCCUAACUAGAAAGCCCAGCCUGCAGAUUACAAUCCCUAAUUGAGUGUGAAUAUUUGGGUAUCAAUGUUUGGUCAUGAAAAAAUGGAUUUUGUGUUAUAUAUUUUCAUGUAUGUGUGUGUAUAUACAUGUGUAUCUACCUAUAUAUAUUUGAAGUGUACACACACUUGGGAUGCAUGAUUUUUAAAAAUUUUGGUGUGGUACAGAAUGUGUCUGUGUGUGUACACAUAUGUAGGAAUAAACCCAUCAGGUUUUGGUCAACGCCCCCAUGCCAUAAUCCCGUAAAUGGCACUCCUUUGGGGUUGUAAUUGGUGUGUGAGAAAUACCUCUUAAGUCUUCUAGGGAACAAAUACACCAUUCUCACUCUUCAGUCUGUUACUACUGACCUUAAUUCUUUCUCUCUCUUUAGAUUCCAAGGUUGUAAAUAAAAUCACCUCCCAAAUUACAUAAAAUACAAACAUUCACUACUAAUUCACUAGCUUUGAGCCCAUACCCCAGGGGGGAGUGAGGUGGUAAACUAGAGGAAAUCUCUUUUCCUGUAAAAUUCUUUCCUUUGUCUCAGACCCCAAACUUAAAGGCUUAGAGGAACAUCAGUUGCUGCCUAUAUAAUUUAAUAACAGUAACAAAGAAUACAAUAUAUGAAUAUUUAAGCAAUAUCUCAGUGUCCCAGCCAGAGACCCCUCUGUACUGGAACAGCAGAACAGAGAAGUUGCUGACUGAGACUCUCAGGAGUAACUGCUGGCUUCUCCAAGCUCUCCCAGAUCUUAGUAACAAAUUUCUCAGAGUGACAUUUUACUCCGUUCUGAAAAUUCUAUUAACUGAUCAUCUCUCCUCAGAAUAGAACAGCUUUGUGGACAUGAGAAUCCAGUUAAGUCAGUUCCCUCAAAGUGUCUCUCUAGACUACAAGCCUUUCACAGGUGCAUUCUUUCGUGACAAUUGACUGUCCCAAGUCUCUUCAGAAAUGAAUUUUGGCUCUUGGUGCCUCUCAAAGACUCCUUCUAAGAUAACCAUUAAUUUGUCUGACUUAAGGUUGUUUUUGUUAAAAGCUCAGUAACUAUAUCCAGAGUCUAUGCAAGAGUUACAUAACGUUACAAACAUAUACACAUAUACUUUCAAAGAAAUAAGUGGGGACACAAUUCAAUAUAUACCUCUCCAAUUUGGACCAGUGCACAGAAGGGAGGAGUUUCCUUUUGAAUUACAAAUAAAUAUAUAACAGUUCUGUUUUGAAGGACAAUUAGUAGCUCCAGCUAAGCUAGGAAAUAGUGCUGUUAUGUAUCAAUAAGCAUAACUUGUAUGUAAAGGAGUGCUUCAGUAUUUCUUGUAAUCUUGUUUGUGCUAUUUAUGAAGAAUUUGAGAGUUUUGCAUUUGUGAUGUCAGGAACUGACUCUUUCACAUUCAGGUUUUUAGAAAUGCCUUAUUAAAGUGAAGGGGGAGAUAUCUAUUUGAAACUGGGUAGAUGACUCUCGAAACAGAUUUUUCUGCAAAAUAAACUGAUUUCUAUGGAGGUUUCUUUAAACAUAAUUUUGGUGUUUAAGUAUAUUCUCUUAUGCAGGCACUUACUAAGUUCUCUACUGUAUGUGUAAUAUAUAUCUUUGUUAAGCUUCUUGGAUAUCUUUAAAUCUAACUUAGGAUUAAAUGUAAUUUUCCUUGUACACAUGUGCUUUGAAAUAGCUAGGAAAAUCAGUUUUAUAUGAACAUUGGCUAUUCAUCAACAACUUGUGCCUUCUCUGUUAAGAUUUUGUGGGAAAAGGAAGGUCUUCCUACUUGAAUAAAAACUACGGAUGAUGUCCUUGAAAAGGGUGGUUCUAAACUGAAUAAAAACAAAGUUGUAUCUUUA